AUGAAAAAGGAUCGUCCUAAAGCGCCUAUAACUUGUAGCGGCUAUGUUACAUUUAUUUACAACUUGUUUGUUCUCCUUAUUGGUGCCUGCAUUGCCAGUACUGCUCUCGCUACUAUACUCUUCCUGAAGAAUCUAGAUUUUGACAAAUUUUUCAUUAAAAUGACUUGGUACGUCUUUGGCACCGGAGUUGGUGUAUGUUUAGUUUCUGUCUUUGCUUUCGUUGGAGUUUGUCGACGUGUUGGUUGUUGUCUCACUCUUCAUUUUUUUGGAACUUGCGCAAUGAUGGCGGCUCUGGUUCUUGCUGGAAUUUUCGCCCUUGUCUACUCUAACGAAUAUAUUGAAAGCAUUCAGUCAGCUCUCACAAAAAUUGUUGGGGCAAUGAAUAAGCAAAACGUAUCGAAUACUAUUAUGUUAAAAUUCCAAUCCAUGCUGCAUUGUUGUGGAGCUGAUAGUUUUAAGGAUUACGAUGCACCAACGCUAUUUUGUUGUGAGGGAACAAAAAAUUGCACUAAGUAUCUUGAAGAAGAAGGAUGCAACAAAGUCCUCGGCAAAUUCUUAGACGCAUAUGAAAUUACAAUUGGAGUCGUGAUGAUUAUUAGUGGACUACUUAUGGGCAUACCUGCCUAUUUGGCUUGUCGCACCAAGAAAAAUUUCGUAGCCAGCAAAUGA